AUGCUUGCUGGCAUAGCAGCUAUUCAAUCCCCAUUGUUAACAAUUACAUCAUCUCCAACGACAUCGAACGACGAUAACAACAACAACAGUCUCAAAGAUGAAUCAAAUGAAUCGAUAUCAUCGGAUGAUAAAUCGAGUAUUUUAAGUGAAAAAGAAUUAUGGAAUACAACUGAAUUAGGCAUCUUUAAGGUGCAAAGAACACAAAAAAACAAACCUUGUUUAUUAUUAGAUGGUCAUCGUUAUAAACAACGACGUACAAAUUUAGAUGGUAGCGUGUCAUGGACUUGUACACAUGAAUUGUGUAGUGCAAGUGUUCGUACAUACCAAGAUCGUGUUGUAAGACGUAAUGAUGAUCAUUUACAUGAUCGUAUUGUUCGUAUUGAUCCUGGUCAUGAAUUUUUAGCAAGAUUAAAAAAACGUGCCUAUGAAGAUACAUUAACAAUACCGCGAAUAUACGAUGAAGAAGUUCAAUAUUCAAUAAAUAAACAUGGUAAAGAUAUCGAAAAACAAUUGCCAACAUUCAGUUCCGUCAAAUCAACAUUGUAUCGUCAUCGUCAAAAGAAACAAAAACCACAAGUUCAAAAUUCACAAACAACUCAUCCGUUAAACGUAUCGAACAGAACAUUAACAUCAUCUCCAACAAUCAUGUCAUCAUUACCACUAAAAAAACGAUUCAAAGCAAAUAAUCUUACUGUUUCUGUUGAUCAAACAUUCACAUCUUCGACCUCAAAAAAUUUGCAACCUAAUAUCUCACCAUCAGAUAAAGGACAUAAAUUAGUAUAUCCACAAUGUUCACCAACAAUAUGGCAACAACAACAGCAAAUGCAUAAUACAUCAAUCAACAAUAAUAAUUAUCAUUACAAUAAUACACAACAAAAUAUCUUGUUAAAUCAAAAUCAACAACAACUCGAUAUGUCAAAUAUAUUUCCAAGUGCAUAUCAGUAUUUUUGUUUUCAAAAUUAUUUGGCAGCAAAAAUGAAUGAAAAUAGUCAGGGACAAAAUCUUACAUUAUUUAAUACACUUAAAGCCAAUAAUUUAACGGAACAAAUACAACAACUACAAGCAUUUCAAACUUUUCAAAUGAAAAUACAUUUGAAAAAUGAGGCAGCUAAAAUAUGUCAUCAAACACAAGAAGAAUAUUGUCAAACAUUGUACAAUACCAAUCUUUCUCCUGUUGUGAAUUUACGUUAUGAUAAUAAGAGAAAUCAUGGAGAAACUGAUGACGAUAUUGAGGAGACAUCAUUAAUAAUUGAUGAACGACAACAAUAUGAUGAAUAUGAAAAUCAGUCGUCAACAGUUAAAAAACGUUUAUCAUUUAGUGAUGUGAUGAUACAACAGCAAUCAGCAUUACGUGAACGAUGUAGUAAUACAGCAAUGUUGCCAUUAGAUUUAAGUGUGGUUAAAGUACAAAAACAAGAAGCAGAUUAA